CUGGAGCCGUUAUCUAUAUCGAGUCCCAGCAGGCAAAUGGUCUGGAGUGUCUCCAUCCAGAUGUGCUCUGUAUCGGCAAUAGAGAGAUGGUUAUAAUGUUUCACUUUUCGCCUUUCUUUACGACAACCAUCUAGAUGCAAUGCAAUUGUCGCCAUGCUUAUGGAAGACGUAUGCGGAAUCUUACCUCGAUAAGGGUAUCAUGCUAUCAUAACAUCACGCAGGCGCUCACCCGUGCGCCAGACUGCCAAGUGUAAGACGUACUUAAACCAGUGUUCGUAUUACAGUCUAAAGACAGAUGCCUCGGGACUUUUACUUCGAGCACUCAAAUUUAGCUCAAGUUUAAUAAUCAUUUCGAGGUUCACGACCAACAGAUUAUGAUAUAUACAUUUAUAUGCCCCAGGCCUAGGGUUUCUACAAUCUCACGACGCCGAACUCGAUACACAUCGCUCAACAUUCGAGAUGGAUUGGACUACGCUCCUACCUGGGAGCAAACUCGUUAAAAUCUUGCUUGUUGUAUUCGCUAUCUUCAACGUCAAAAAUCUACCCUUUAUAUGGCAUUACCGUAUAUUUCGCACUAUAUAUGCGCGCAUCAACGUCAAGCCUCGCCGUCAUGCAGAUCCGAAUUGCCUAUUCCUACCUGCCAUAACCACAUCACAUGCGCCCUUGCUGGAGAUAGACUUUAACAUGCACAAAUCCAACUCCACCUACCUUACUGACGCUGACAAUGCUCGCAUCAACUGUGCGCUGUUCCUUAUGGGUGACGAGCUCGCUCUCACCCCUUGGUCUACGAAACCACGACUUGUACUGGGCGGAACACAAUGCGCAUUCAGGAAGGAGAUCAAAGCGUACAAGUCCUAUGAGAUGUGGACUCGCUUAAUCGCUUGGGAUGAUAAAUGGCUCUAUGCUAUAACCCAUUUUGUCGAAAAGGGAAAAUUCAAACCUGUUUCUUACCUACACAUCGAGAAUGAGGAGGAAUUGGAGCCUUUGCUGGCGCUAUCUGCUGAACAGAAGGCUGAACAUGCGGAAACUAAUCGGAAGGCUGUGUUUGCUUCCGUUGCUACGCGUGCUGUCUUUAAGCAGGGCUGGCAAACCGUAAAGCCGGAGGAGAUGUUUCGUCGCGCAGGUCUUUUGCCUGAUGAUGAGGAGGGCAGGGAGAGGAUUGAGGGUAUUCGGAAGCGAAAUUUGGCUAUAUUUGAAGCGGAAGGCAACAGUUGGGACAGUUUGCAUGCUACAUUCUUCGAUGAAACAAGUUUGGCGCUGGCACGCUAUACCGAUUUGUUUACGCGUGGUUAAGAUUUUUGGAUGAGAGGAGAGCUUCGAGCAACCUCAGGGAGCCUCCAUCAUACCGGGAAACGCCUAUCUUUAGCCAUAGAUAAAAGCAGAUUUCAAGACUGCUUUACACGGCGAGAUCGUUUGGAUGCCUCGAAAAGGUUAAGCACAAGGUCGUUGAAGCGAAACUAAAUGAUGUUACAGAUCUUUGAUAAUGAAUAAAGUAAUAACCCUCUUCUUGUUCUUCAUAUGUAGUUCUUAAAUUUAGUCCCUACAUUGGAACCAAACCGGAUGUUCAUAGGCCCCGAAAUAUCCAGA